UAGAUCCGUUCACUUUAUAAACCCCAACUCAGAAAACACAGGGUUGUCUUUUCAUCAAUCUCUACUGUAGAAGUUACAUUAGUGAAUGCUGUUAACCUCUCGUACUUGGGGAGAUUCUGUUUUCAGUUAACCUACGAACUAUGGGAAUAGUGCAAAUUAUUUAAAGCCCCAAAAAAACACAUCAACCUCAAAGUUAGUCAACACUUUAGAAUCUACACACGGGCGUUGUUUUGUAGUGAAACUGUUUAUUCGAUGUGGUUUAAUAUGGUCUCGUCAAGAUGUGUUCUGUGUGCAGUGGAUUGAUUCAAUAGGAUGUUUGCAAAUACAAAUUGAAUGAAAACUUGGAAUUGUGUUUCACAAGUAAGAAUCGUCUAUUGUCUACGCUCAAUAGCUCAAAUUGAAAGUUCCUGUAUUAUUCAUCUCUUGCCAUCACAGAACUGAAAUAGCCCUAUCCUGCAGAAACGUUUGUCCAAUACCAUUUUACGAAAACUCAGGCACAGACAACUCUGUACAAUUAUGUGAAGGAAAUUGUGACAUAAGCAUAAUCUCCCUUGAGGGGGUAAACUAUCAGAGCUUUGAAGAGGCGGAAAAAAAAAAUCAAAACAUCGUAUUAUUAAAUCUAUAUUUAAUUAGUCCUAAGGACUCAAACAAACUUUUGUAUAUUUUAUUUAUGAGUAACCUCUUGCCAAAAGCAACCAUUCUACCCAAGGAAAUUGAAGUGUUCGGUGUUGGACGCAUGUCCCAGUCUCCGGUCAGCAGGCCAAGCUCGGCCACGCCGAACGGCCAUUUACCCAUGACGAAGAUCGCGGGGGUGCCUUGCCCGGCGACGCCCACCCGCUACACGGCGCCCGUGCACAUCGACGUGGGGGGCAGCAUCUACACUUCGUCGCUGGAGACCCUGACCAGAUUUCCAGAGUCCAAACUUGCCCGGAUGUUCAACGGAAGUAUUCCUAUAGUUCUGGAUGCUCUGAAGCAGCACUACUUUAUCGACAGGGAUGGGAAACUCUUCCGCUACAUUCUCAACUACCUCAGGACACAGAGGCUGGUGGUGCCCACAGAGUUUGAUGAGUUUGAGCAGCUUUAUGAAGAGGCCAGAUAUUACGAACUAGCUGGCAUGUUGAAAGACCUGGAAAACAUCAAGAAGGCUAAAGACAUCAGCAAGGUCGUCAAGGAGAUAAAGACAGAGCGGGGUGCCCCGACACAGGAGUUCAUUGACUGCAUAGCUGUCAGCAUCAGUCCAGACUUGGGGGAGCGGAUAUGUCUGAGCGCAGAAAGACCUCUGAUCGAGGAGAUUUUUCCUGAAUUGACGACAGCCCUGAUGGACACGCGCAACUCUGGCUGGCAUAUGGACAACUUGUAUGUCAUCCGAUUUCCCCUGAAUGGCUUCUGUAAGCUCAACUCCAUUCAGGUAGUCCAGAGACUGUUAAAUCACUCUUUUGUUAUUGCUGCUUCUUCUGGCGGGGGAGUGGAAGGCCAACAAUUCAGUGAAUACCUUUUUACCAGAAGCUGUAAGGCAGUACACUAGUUAUUGUGAUAAUAUGACAUUAAAAUAUGUGCCAGCAGAACUGAUCAGCAUACGUAUGGACCCAAAUGGAUUGUCAAAGUUAUAGCUUUGCUUACACGUUGAACUGGGUUAAUAUUCAUAAAUUGGAAAAAAAAUAAGUGAGCUGUCAAUUUCUAAAGACUACUUCAGUUUAGUACAUUUGUUGUCAAUUAUUUCAAUGUAUUAUUUAAAUGCAGAUCAUGCGCCAAUUUGUAUUCAAUUGCUAAACUCAGUUUAGUUUAGUUUUUUUGGCACAUCAGUACAAUUCAGGCCAUGUCAUGCCCUGCUAACCUCAGAUUUCAAGUUUUUGUUUAUGAAUUGGCUUUAACAAAUAAAGGUUAGACUACUCUGCAACUUGUUUAGAGCAGAUGAUCUGUGACCCAACUAGUUUAAAUCCCAGUUCAGUCUUAUGAACAGUGAUACUUGUGAGCUGAAGAAGGCACUCCUAAGUUAUUUUAGGGUCCUUCUAAGCUAUCAGAUUGUAGUUACUUACUAUGAGCUUUAAGACUUGAAGAGUUAUUCCCUUAAAUGAACCCAAAAGCUAUCAAAUUGUUGGCUACUGCCACAAACCAGCUAUUUUUAUGAUUUUUUAAAUUUAAUAGGCCUCCGUAUACUAAUAUCAUGGGUCAUUACGUCAUUUAAAUUACCUACAUUGUAAAAUUCAAACUCAAAACGUCCUCCCUUUUUUUAAAACUCAUUUUAAAAAUAUCUCACGGUCAUAAAAUCAUGCUGAAUGAUAAUCAUAGAUCAACCAAGCUGUGUUCAAUUUAAUGUAAAUAGUUAUUUGUAUGUAUACAAAAUAAAAUAUCUGUUCACUUAUGUCAGUUUUGUGU